AUGGUCUCCCAAGAGUUUUUACAAGAAUUGCCAAAGUGUGAGCACCACUUACAUUUAGAAGGUACUCUGGAACCAGAUCUAUUGUUCGUAUUAGCGAAGAGAAACAACAUUACCUUACCCGACGCAUUCCCUAAAUCAAUCGAAGAAUUAAACGUAAAAUAUGAAAAAUUCCGCGAUCUACAGGAUUUCUUAGAUUAUUAUUACAUCGGUACCAAUGUUUUAAUCAAGGAACAAGACUUUUUCGAUUUGGCAUGGGCUUAUUUUGUAAAAGUCCACAAGCAAGGGUUGGUCCAUGCUGAGGUUUUUUAUGAUCCCCAAUCCCAUACCUCCAGAGACAUUUCUAUAGAGACAGUCACUAAGGGCUUCCAAAGAGCUUGUGACAAAGCUCAGGCUGAAUUCGGUAUUACAUCCAAGCUUAUCAUGUGCCUUUUGAGACACAUCGAACCUGAAGAAUGUUUGAAAACCAUCGAAGAAGCCACUCCGUUUAUCAAGGAUGGUACCAUUUCUGCCUUAGGUUUAGAUUCUGCUGAAGCGCCAUUUCCACCAAAUUUAUUCGUUGAAUGUUACAGAAAAGCAGCCUCUUUAAACCAGGAUCUGAGAUUGACUGCACACGCAGGUGAAGAAGGUUCUGCUCAGUUCGUCUCAGAUGCUCUAGAUUUGUUAAAUGUGACCAGAAUUGAUCACGGUAUAAAUAGUCAACACGAUGAUGAAUUACUGGAUAGAUUAGCUCGCGAUCAAAUCUUGCUAACCGUCUGCCCCUUCUCUAACGUCAAACUACAAGUCGUCAAAUCUGUUUCUGAGUUGCCAUUGCAAAAAUUUCUGGACAAAAAUGUCCCUUUUUCUUUAAAUUCUGAUGAUCCAGCUUAUUUUGGCGGUUAUAUCUUGGAUAACUACAUUCAAGUCUCAAAGGAUUUCCCACACUGGGAUCAUGAAACCUGGGGUCGUAUUGCUAAGAACGCUAUUAAUGGUUCUUGGUGUGAUGAUAAAAGAAAGGGCGACUUGUUGGAUAAAGUGGAUCAAGUAGUCACUAAGUAUUCCAAUUAA